AUGAUCUAUGGAGUGUACAUAAAUUGCGAAUUCGGGUUUGAGGAGUGCCGUCCACCCUGCACACAACCCACCCCCAGCGCAAACGGCGAUGAAAUGUUAAAGUCCACAUUUAGACUAUUCCCAAGAACUCAAUUCAGAACUUUCACCACCACAAGAAUUAUGUCUGCUCCACAAACCACCCAAAUUGAAAUUUUGCAAGAAGGCGAUGGCAAGACUUAUGCCAAGCCUGGAGACUUGGUCACCAUCCACUACACUGGAACUUUGGAAAACGGUAAAAAGUUCGAUUCUUCUCGUGACAGAGGAAAGCCAUUCCAAUGCACCAUUGGCGUUGGCCAGGUGAUUGUUGGAUGGGAUACUGGAAUCCCCAAGUUGUCUGUUGGAACCCGUGCCAAAUUGACUAUUCCUAGUCACGAGGCUUACGGACCCAGAAGCGUCGGUCCUAUCCCAGCCAACUCAACCUUACUUUUUGAUGUGGAAUUGUUGAAGGUGAACUAA